CUUGCCCACCGCCAAAACGCUUCUGUCAAAGAAGAAAUAUUUUUCUUUACACAGAUCCUGACAAAGCGGUUUGGAUUCUAAUUCACAAAAUACAAAGAACCCCAUUCCAACGAUGUAUGCUAGGACUAGUACCGGCAGUUCACAUGGAGAUUUUCCUGACAGAAACGGAGUGAAUUAUGUGACAUCGACAGAGUCUUUCGGCCAUUGCUCCCAAUUAUUCUGGAAAAAGGACCCACACGACUCGAGUUCGACCAUCAACUGGUGUGAUCAACUCCCUUCGUCGUCAGCUGCACUGUCAAGCGCCAGUCUCUCUACAGCCUCCCUCUCCAAUUCCAGUCUUUCCUUAGAAUCAAGAGCACCAGUCCCAGCAACAUCCGCAUCAGAUGACAUGGAUUCAGAUGAAAGGCCGUACGUCUGUGACUUGUGUAACUGCGCCUACAAACACGCCAGCUCCUUGCUUAACCACAAGCUCACUCAUAAGACUGGAGACUUCAGAUGCGACUUUUGCAGCAAGCCCUACACCAACUAUAUGUCUUUGCGUAACCAUAUGCGAAUUCACGGUCAGAAGCGCUACAUGUGUGAUCGUUGUGGGAAGGCUUUUCGUUUGGCACGGUAUCUCCGCAACCACCAGAGGAUCCACGACGAUGGGCCCAACCGUUUUGACUGUCCUUCCUGCUCCAAGAGUUACAGGACAAUGCUAGAGCUAGCGCAACAUCGUUGUACUGCUGCAACACCCAGCCAGUCUGGCAGUCGGCGCAAUUUUGCGGCCACACCUCGCCGUCAGCAGCAGCGGCAACAGCAACAGCAGAACAAUGCUUCCUCCAUAAUGCAAUCACAGCAUGGAGGACACAAUCAACAGGAACCUCUGCCCUCCCACUGCGUUUCUCCCAUGUCCCAAGGAGGCCAGGGUGGUGGCGUGACCAGCCAGUCUGUCCCUGACCCCCACCAGGGCCGGGCCAGCACUGUGUCGUCCCAGAGCAACCAUCUGUUAUUGACACGAUUUCUUACGGUCCUUCUAUCAAUACUUGCACCGAUCUGCACAGCACUGCAUUUUAAUGACAAAUCAUUCGGGUACCCAGUGGUUUUCUUGCGAUUGCUGCUGUGCGCUCGAUGA